ACUCCUUGGUUUAAGGAUCCAGUCUGCAGCGGUAGGUGAGUGCACUACCUUGCUGGGACCCGCACGCUGCCUUUGGGUUGGAGCAUCCAGAAGGAAGUUCUUAUAAGGUGCUGGGAAUACCGGUGUGCCGGCUGGGGCUCGGUGCUGACAGGAAUCGAGACGAUCCUGGCUCUGGACUACGUAUCUCCAACUUCGUAGCACUCAGGUUAAUUCCUUACGGAAGUCGGCCUUGCCAGUGCGGAGUGGCUGUGCCCUUCUCCGCUGGUCGUCGGCCGCUUCACUUCGGUUCCUAGCGGCGGAGGCGUGGUGCUAUCAGCUGUGUUCCUCUGCGCCGCAGCCCUGCUCUCCUCUUAGGACUCUGCACAUCUCCAGGAGAGGAACCCAGAAAGUUGAUCAGUUCUGACAGUUCUCAAAACCAUGCCUCACUGGUUGGUAACUUUCAGGGAUGUGGCCAUCAACUUCUCUCAGGAGGAAUGGGAAUGCCUUGACCCCAUUCAGCGGGAUUUGUACAGGGAGGUCAUGGUGGAGAACUACAGCCACCUGAUCUCACUGGCUGGAUGUUCGAUCCCUAAGCCAGACGUGUUUUCCUUACUGGAGCGAGGGAAGGAGCCCUGGAUGGUGGUGAGAGCCAUGACAAGAUGGAGCUCAGACUUGGAAUACAGCUGUGAGACCAAAAAGUCAUGUCCAGAAAAGGGAACUUAUGAAAUGGAAUCACUGCAAUGGGAGAAUAUGAGGAAACCUAUCAGCCAUAACCUUGAGUGCAAUGAUCUUGGAGAAAAUACAGAGUGCAAAGGCAAGUUUGAGGAUCAACAGAGAAGUCAGGAAAGACCAUACAUGCACAUGAAAAUUACCUGUAAAGAAGAGGCCACUCAAAGCCAUUCCAUGUCCCCUAUUCUUCAUCAGAUAAAUCCUACCAAGGAAAAACUGUACAAAUGUAAAGAAUGUAAACAAGCUUUCAGCUACUUGUCAUGCCGUAUUCAACAUAAGAAAAGUCAUAAUAAAGAAAAACACUCUGACAUUAAGAAAUGUAGGAAGAUCUUCAGCAAAAAGCCAACCUAUAUUCAACAUCAGAGGAUUCAGAAUGGUGAGAAACCUUAUGAGUGUAUGGAAUGUGGAAAGGCCUUUGGUCGUAGUUCUGAUCUGAUUCAACAUCAGAAAAUUCAUACUAAUGAAAAACCUUAUCAAUGUAAAGCAUGUGGGAAGGCCUUUAUUCGUGGUUCACAACUCACUGAACAUCAGAGAGUUCAUACAGGAGAGAAACCAUAUGAAUGUAAGAAAUGUGGAAAAGCCUUUAGUUAUUGUUCACAAUAUACACUCCAUCAGAGAAUUCAUAGUGGUGAAAAACCUUAUGAAUGUAAGGAAUGUGGGAAGGCCUUUAUUCUUGGCUCUCAGCUUACUUACCAUCAGAGAAUUCAUAGUGGUGAGAAACCCUAUGAGUGUAAGGAAUGUGGAAAGGUUUUUAUUCUUGGUUCACACCUUACUUAUCAUCAAAGAGUUCAUACUGGUGAAAAGCCUUACAGAUGUAAAGAAUGUGGGAAGGCCUUUUUAUGUGCCUCCCAACUUAAUGAACAUCAGAGAAUUCACACAGGUGAGAAACCCUAUGAAUGUAAAGAAUGUGGAAAGGCCUUUUCUCGUGGCUCACAACUUACUUAUCAUCUGAGAGUUCAUACAGGUGAGAGACCCUAUAAGUGCAAAGAAUGUGGGAAAGCCUUUAUUUCUAAUUCUAAUCUUACUCAACAUCAGAGAAUUCAUACAGGUGAGAAACCUUACAAAUGUAAGGACUGUGGAAAGGCCUUUAUUUGUGGCAAACAACUUAGUGAACAUCAGAGAAUUCAUACAGGUGAGAAACCCUUUGAAUGUAAGGAAUGUGGAAAGACCUUUAUUCGUGGUGCACAACUUACAUAUCAUCAGAGAAUUCAUACAGGUGAAAAACCCUACAAAUGUAAGGAAUGUGACAAAGCUUUUAUUUAUGGCUCACAACUUAGUGAACACCAGAGAAUUCAUAGAGGUGAAAAACCCUAUGAAUGUAAGCAAUGUGGGAAGGCCUUUAUUCGUGGUUCACACCUUACUGAACAUCUAAGAACUCAUAAUGGUGAGAAACCCUAUGAAUGUAAGGAAUGUGGGAAGGCCUUUAGUCGUGGCUCAGAACUUACUCUACAUCAAAGGAUCCAUACUGGUGAGCAACCCUAUGCAUGCAUCCAGUGUGGUAAAGACUUUAGACGUCAUUCACACCUUAUUCGACAUCAGCGAAUUCAUACUGGUGAGAAACCUUAUGAAUGUAAAGAAUGUGGCAAGGCCUUUGGUAGUGGUGCAAACCUUGCUUACCAUCAAAGAAUUCAUACUGGUGAAAAACCUUAUGAAUGUAAUGAAUGUGGGAAGGCCUUUGGUAGUGGCUCAAACCUUACUCACCAUCAGCGAAUUCACACUGGUGAGAAACCAUAUGAAUGUAAGGAAUGCGGGAAAGCCUUUAGUUUUGGAUCAGGCCUUAUUCGACAUCAGAUAAUUCACAGUGGUGAAAAGCCUUAUGAGUGUAAGGAAUGUGGGAAGUCCUUUAGUUUUGAAUCAGCCCUUACUCGGCAUCACAGAAUUCACACAGGUGAGAAACCUUAUGAAUGUAAGGAUUGUGGGAAAGCCUUUGGCAGUGGUUCAAACCUUACUCAGCAUCGAAGAAUUCAUACUGGUGAGAAACCUUAUGAAUGUAAAGCAUGUGGAAUGGCCUUUAGUAGUGGUUCAGCUCUUACGCGGCAUCAAAGAAUUCAUACUGGUGAGAAACCAUAUAUAUGUAACAAAUGUGGGAAGGCUUUUAGUUUUGGAUCAGCCCUUACUCGACAUCAAAGAAUUCACACCGGUGAGAAACCUUAUGUAUGUAAGGAAUGUGGGAAGGCUUUCAAUAGUGGCUCGGAUCUCACUCAACAUCAGAGAAUUCACACUGGUGAGAAACCCUAUGAGUGUAAGGAAUGUGAGAAAGCCUUUAGAAGUGGUUCAAAACUUAUUCAGCAUCAAAGAAUGCACACUGGUGAGAAACCCUAUGAGUGUAAGGAAUGUGGGAAGGCCUUUAGUAGUGGUUCAGACCUCACUCAACAUCAGAGAAUUCAUACUGGUGAGAAACCCUAUGAAUGUAAGGAAUGUGGGAAGGCUUUUGGUAGUGGCUCAAAACUUAUUCAACACCAGCUAAUUCACACAGGUGAAAAACCCUAUGAAUGUAAAGAAUGUAGAAAGUCCUUUAGUAGUGGUUCAGCCCUUAAUCGGCACCAGAGGAUACACACUGGUCAGAAACCCUAUGAAUGUAAGGAAUGUGGGAUGACUUUUGGUACGGGCUCCAGCCGUACUCAACAUCAGAGAAUACAUACUGGUGAGAAACGUUAUGAAUGUAAGGGCUGUGGGAAGGCUUUGGAGAGGGGUUCAGAAAUUCAGCAACAUAAGAAAAGUCAUGCUGGUAAGAAGCUCUGUGAGAAACUAUAAAUUGGAAUUACGUAGUUAAGGAACCAUACAAUAAAGAGAAUUCAUACUAGUGAGAGUCCCUACAAAUGUAACUAAGGUACAUAUACUUAUACUUUACCAGUUAGUCAGUCUGAGAAAAUUCAUACAGAAAAUGAACACUCUGAAUAAAA